AUGGCAGACCCAGAACCCUCAAUCACCGCCGCACUGGCAGCAGAUGCGCCAACUAUUACUGCCUCCAAACAGACUGUUGAUCCAUGGAAUGUCGCUGGAGAAAUUGGAGCCGAUGGAGUUGCCAAAGCAAUCAAUUAUUUGACUCUGAUCGACGAGUUCGGGACUAAGAAGAUAUUGGAGGAGGAUCUGGCGAGGUUCGAGAAGGUUACUGGACAUCGGCCUCAUAGGUUCAUGCGGAGGGGAAUUGUGUUCAGUCAUCGGGAUUUAAAUUUGAUACUGGAUCGUCAUGAGAGGGGGGAGCCUUUCUUUUUGUACACAGGGCGAGGACCGAGCAGUGAUAGUAUGCACAUUGGACAUACGGUUCCUUUCGAAUUUACCAAGUGGUUGCAAGAUGUAUUCGAUGUACCAUUGAUCAUUAUGCUUACAGACGAUGAGAAGUACCUUUUCUCAGAGAAGCGGACGAUUGAGGACGUACAAAAAUUUACAAUUGCCAACACGAAGGAUAUCAUUGCCGUUGGAUUCGAUCCUAAAAAAACUUUCAUAUUUAGCGACUACGAGUAUAUGGGUGGAGCAUGGUACCGAAAUAUAACUCGAAUCUCCAAGCACGUUACCUACAAUGUUGCAAAAGCAGUCUUUGGAUUCAACGACAGUUCCUGCAUUGGCAAAAUCCACUUCGGAGCCGUCCAAGGCGCCACCUCCUUCGCAUCUUCCUUCCCACACAUCUUUGGCGAGGACGAAUCCAAGACAAAUGCAAUCCCCUGCCUAAUCCCCUGUGCCAUCGACCAGGACCCCUAUUUCCGCAUGACGCGGGACGUAGCAGCGCGCCUGCACUUUGCCAAACCGGCACUCAUCCACGCACGCUUCCUCGAUGCUCUGCAGGGCCCUGGAUCGAAGAUGAGUGCUUCGGUCGACAGUUCUGCCGUCUUCAUGACAGACGAGCCGAAUAAGAUCAAGAACAAGAUCAAUCGAUUUGCCUUCUCCGGUGGGCAGGUGACGGAGGCUGAGCAAAGGGAACUGGGAGGAGAUGCCGAGAAGGAUGUUUCGUUUCAGUACCUGACGUUCUUUUUGGAAGAUGAUGAGGAGCUGGAGCGCAUACGGGUUGCGUAUACAACCGGGAAGAUGCUGACGGGGGAGCUGAAGGCGAAGUGUAUUGAGGAAUUGCAGACCUAUGUUAAGAGUUUCCAAGGCAGACGGGCCGCUGUCACGGACGAACUGGUGGCUGAUUUCUUUGCGCAAAAGAAGCUGCAGUGGGUGGGGAAUCCAAAUCCUAUAGUUGUGGCUAAGGAGGUGGGAGAAACGAGUGAAGUGCCUGCAGAGGGAGGGAUGACGAAAAACCAAUUGAAGAAAUUAGAGAAGCAGAAGCAGAUAGAUGCAAAGAAGGCUGCUAAGGCGGGAGCUUCUUGA